UCCAGACUACCAGCGGACCGUGGCUGCCUUCUCGAUCAUCAGCAUGAUAAUUAUGGCGAUGGGGCUGACCUUCUCCAUCUACACGUUUUUACACACUCGCUACAUGUACAAACGCUUGGCCGCCUUGAGCCAUGUUGUCUCCGCCGGUUGCGCUCUGAUCGUGAUUGAGGUGGCGGUCACACUCUUCCAAUACCAGGCUGCGAAUCUUCCCAGUCGCCACCCUCCCGGUUCCACUUGGCACUACGGGUUCUCCUUCAUGCUGGCUUGGAUCUCAUUCAUCGGAGAGGCUGCUGCUGCCAUUGCUUUCGGAGUGUGUUCACGCAAGAGAAAGAAGGAAAAGGCACCAGACGACCAGUACGCCAUUGAGGAGGAACCGACUAUCAUUGGCCGAUAGACAGUGCCAUUUGAAGGAAGUGUGUUCUGAGAGAUUUAUUUCUUAUUGGAGAGAUUACUCGCCGACUGCAGUAAAAUUAUUGUGAAGACGUGAAAUGCGAUUUGCAUGGAGGAUUGUUGACUUUCGUAAAGGAGAUUACGGCGAUUUACUUAAGGUACUCGAUUUAUGGUUCUACCUAGUGUAUUAGUUUUGCUACUUUUAUAAAGUUUAGCUCCAGGUAAUUCAUUUGAGGAGUCUAGUGUAGCUGGGAAGGCAUUUUUCAUACAAACACUAGAUCUGAAUUAGCUACCAUAUAAUAAUCAUAUUUUCAAAAUUCCCAUACCACUUGUGCAAAAUGCACAAAUUGUACCUAGAAAUAUUGCAACAGUAUUUGCAUAUACAGGACAACUGAGAAUAUGCACCUGUAGUUAGCAUCAAAAAUAGAUUUUAUUAUUUCUAUUUAAGGUAUCACAUGGUAUAUCUUAAAUAAUAAAUAUAUGAAAGUAUUCCCAGCAAAAAGAGAAAUGACAUCACAGUACUUGAAUGAAAUCUUACAACUGAUAUUUUUUUACUCUCAAAUAUUUUUUUCCAUAUAUCUUGCAAACCAAUGAUGGUUAAGCCAAUUGAAAUAUUCUUGAAGGUCUUUUGAAUUAUAUAUAAACAAAUACCCAUUUCAUACCAGUUAAGUAUUAAAGAAAUUAGUAUCUAAUAAUUCAAAUACUCUGUCUUGAAAAAUGUUAGGCACAUCAACCUGUUCAAAUUCUCGUUCAAGAACAUUUUGAACCUGUUAAUUGUUAAUAUUGCUUUUAGCUGUAUGUCUGUACUUGACUUGCAACAGGUUAGUGAAGCUCUAUUUAUGUUGUUCAUUUUUGAUGAGAUCACAGAAUGUUAAAAAAAUGUUACAUAUUAUAAUUGUCCUAUAUCUUUCAUUCAUAGUUACAUAUAAUAUUCAUUUGUAAAUAAGUGAACAAAGACAAUUUAUUGCAGCAGGUUUUCUUUUUUUUCUCUCUCUUUUUUUUAUGGUUUAAAGUAGUUAGUGAUUUAAGAUUUUUAAUCUUCACUUUACAUAACACAGGGAAUCUGUAGAUGUGUAUAUUUUACAUCUAAUGUAGAUUCAACAAUUGUUUCUUUGUUUCCAACAUACCAAAGGAUAUUUUAGAGAGACAACUAUAAACACAUGUUAAAAUAUGCUGAACAUGUCCUGUGGCUAGUCAUGGAGCCCUUUCGUAUGUUGGUAACAUUCCUUCUUUUUCAGCUCAGUUCUUUCACCGAUAUCCCCCGUACCCCAUGCAUAUAUGUGCGUCCCAAGUUCCAUUUUUGUGACUGCCAGCAUUUACUAGGAAAUAUAGAUUCUAUUCAAGUAUUUAUUCUUUUUUUAUAAGUUAUCAUCAAAAGGUAUCAUAAUUUAUAAUAAUGCAUAAGGUUCCAGUUUUUCUUUUUUUCUUUCUCUUUUUUUUUUACUGGUAAAUUGCUGGUCACUGCAGAUUCUCUAUAUAAUUUAGAAGAGAUAUUAAAUUAUUGAAGUUAUGAUAAGAAGUUAAAAGAAUAUAAAUUCAUAUUAAUCAUUACCACAUUGUAAUAAUUGGUCAAGGCCAUCUUUACUGUCAUGGCAUAGUGUGAAAAAUCAUGAAAGUUCUGAUGUGCGAACUUGACCAUUUUCUUGAAAUUGUGCUGUGUCACUUCAGUGGGAAAAUAUAAUUCCCUAACCAAAUACUUUCUGUCUUGAAACUUUCAAUGUGUGUUCUCCAUACUGCCAUUCCCCUUCCAUGGAUACUGUUUAUUACAAUAAAAGACAUUUACCUA